GCAACACUCAAAAAAAGACAAGUAGCACCAACACAAGGUCUUCUCCCUGCAGCAGUCUGCCAGUGCCAGCGGCACACACAACCAGCUUGGCUCAUUCCAGCGGUGGCUCCGGGAGCUCCAGUGAGUCCGAGAGCAGCUCUGAGUCUGACUCCGACAGCGAGAGCAGCUCCAGUGACAGCGAGUGCAACGAGGAGUCACGCAGUGCCACGCCAGAGCCUGAACCUCCCUCAACAAACAAAUGGCAGCUGGAUAAAUGGCUAAAUAAAGUGAACCCCCACAACAAGACCAUCAUCAACAAUCAAAAUGAGCCUCACAGUGAGACCAGCUCCCAGGCCCAGAGCAACCAGCAGGCUGAAGGGCCAAACAAAGGGAAGCUCAACAGCAGCCUGCCCCCGACCGAUUCCAAAGACCGGGCGAUCCUUAGUCCCAUCCGAGAGAAGGCCAAACCACGGGUUGUCCAGAAAACGCCAGAGGCUAAAAGCUCCAAGCAGAAGUCACCAGCUCAUAAUGAGCCAACUUCACAAAGGACUACUGGGAAAAAGCAACCCAAAAAGGUAGAAAGGACUUCCAGUGUAGAAGAGUAUAACUGGCCCAAACCAAAUAAUACCAGCAACACUCCCAAAGAAAAAGACACACAGGAACCCCCAGAGCAGCCAAAGGUUCGAACUAAAGCAGCAGUUGGGAAGACUGCUCCAAGGAAAGAACCACGAACUAGCACAGGUCUCACUUCAGAGAAGAAAAAGUACAGAGGGCCCAGCAAAAUUGUCCCCAAGUCCCGGGAAUUCAUCGAAACAGAUUCAUCUACUUCUGACUCAAAUACAGACCAGGAGGAGAGCUUACAGGCUAAGGUACUGCCACCUUGCACUGGGUCUGGCAAUGGCAUCAAAGUGAAGGACUCUGGCAGUAACAUCCUCAGCGUAAGUAGUUUAACUAGCAAUGGCAGCAACACAUCCAUUGACCAGACCAGCAAUGACUUGGAGGAGCAGCUCUUUUCUCCUAUCCCAAUCGUACAAAAUGAACUUUUGUCCCCACUGAGAGAAUAUGAAGAGCUCAAAUCUCUGUGGGUGAAAAUAGACCUUAGUUUACUCUCUAGGAUACCUGGACAAGAGCCUUUUGAGACCACCUCUGUGAAAAGUGAACCAAGAGAAGCAAAUGUGAAACACAGACGACCAUCUCGAGAGUCCCCUACCCCAGCAGCCGAAAAACCAUCCACAAAAUCCAAAAGGAAACACAAG